UCUUGUGAGGAGAAAAGGGGGGCAGAAGGACGCAGAUCCAGCCUCUGAAGGGUGAACGCAGGCUGCUCCUUCCUGUUCCCUCCUCUGCGCACAACAUGAAAAAGUCUGAUGGAGAAGAGCAAACAAAGGAAGACGAAUCCAGUCAUGCCUGAUUAGAAAAGCAGACAUGCAGGAGGGGAGAAGGAUGACUGAAGUGAUAACCUCAGUGGAGCCGGGGACGGAGGACUUUGGUGGUGGUGGAGGAGCAGGAGGAGAGCAGGACUCAAUCUUCCCAGAUGUCCAUGAGAGGAACCCAAAACUGUCCAAGAGGCUUCCUUCCAUCGUGGUGGAGCCCACAGAUGCAGCUGAGGUGGAGAGUGGAGAGCUCCGCUGGCCUCCAGAGGACGGAAGCUCUGCAGACGCCCAAACCGAGAGGCGGAGCUCAGACAAACACACUGCAGAUGUGGAGAAGACAGACAUUGGUGGGGAUGAAGAAGGGGUGGAGAUGCAGGACUCCAACUAAACAAGAGAAGCUCCUGUGAAACGCAGUUACUGCGAGUGUGUCCAGGCUUGGACGGAGGAUAAGAAGCCAGCAGAGGAGCACACGCGAGGAGGAGGAGGAAGAGGAGGGUGGAGAACCCCAGCACAUGGGCUUGGAGCCUGAGAAGUUUCAUCACAUUCUACAGUAAUUCCCCAAAAAGCGAUGUAUCCUCAGACAAACGAUGAACUGUAAUAUUCCUCACAUAAAAACUAGUGCAGUCUGAAACAGAAAUACUUUAAGCAGCCGGGGGUUCCGCCUUCAUCAUGCUUCCAGCUUUAAAAUGAAAGAAAACAACAACUAAGACGUUUUCUGUCUCCGGCUCCAAGCCCCUGUUUGUCCAGACUCCCAUCAUCCGAUCUGGACAGAUGUUUCUAAAUACCGUAUUUGAGUAUUUAGCUCAUGUGUGCCAACGACUACAAAUGGUAGCUCCUGUAUUUUGUGGACAGUUAUUAUUCUAGUUUUAGAUGUACAGAACAUCACUGUUAGGUGCUUACUGCUGUAGUUGAGUGAUCUAGUCUCACUUUGUUCUUUGUAAUCAUACACACAAGUGUUGGAAGAAGAACAAACCUGUUUCUUAACUUAAUAUUAUGACAUUGUUUGAUAUGAACAUAUCUUGUUCCUUGGAAGACUAGUCCUCAUGCAGUAGGGAAUUAUUUAAGGAAAUGUUACUGUGUUGUUUUCCCAACAGCAAUAUGUUCACCAGGGUUUCAAGUCACCCAAUUUUCUUACAGAAGUAAAAAGAAAGUAUAUUUUAGAUGUCAGUUGGUCUUCACAGACAUAUUUUUUAAAAUUCUGGAAACCUGAAUUAUUGCAAAACCAAUAAAUCUUUUGAAAUUCUCGA